AUGAAAAUCUUUAUUGAUUGGAUUAGCUAGCCAUCUCGAGCAGUAGUUACUUACUGCUUAAUUGAAAAUAUACCACAUGAGAUUAUACAAGUUAGAGUAAAUGCUUUAGAGCAUCGCAAACCAGAGUAUAUUUAAAUAAAUCCAAGCGCAAAAGUUCCAGCUAUUUCAGAUAGAUUAGAAAAUGGAGAAAUAUUUAACUUAUUUGAAAGCCAUGCUAUCAUGAGAUAUUUAGCAGAUAGAUAUAAUAAGUUUAAGCUUUAUCCCAAAGAUAAUAUUUAGCUAAGAGCUCUAAUAAAUAGUUAUUUAGACUGGCACCAUAAUAACACAAGAAAGUGUGGAGCUUAUUUAUUUGACUUAUAUUCAUCAGGUGUACUAGGAAUAAAACCAAAGAAUAACAUUGAAACGCUAUAUAAAGAAAUUGAAAUUAUUUUAAAAUUCAUUGAUUAAAUUUGGCUUCAAGAAGGAAAAAAUAAGUUUAUUGGAAAUAAUAUUUAGCUUACAAUAGCUGACAUAUCUUGCUAUUGCGAAGUAUCUCAAAUGAUAAUAGAUUCUUAUGAUUUUAAAAAUAAAACACCUAAUUUAUACAACUGGAUGAAAAGAAUUGAAUAAAUACCAGAAAUUUAGUAAACCCAUUAAAUUUUAUUCAAACUAGCUCCAAAAAUGUCAUAAAACAAAAUAAAACCUAAUCUUUGA